AUGGCUGAUACAGCACCAGCUGCUGCGGCUGAAGCAGGCGAGGAGGCACGUGGAUCCCGUGUCAAUGUGAAGAACCUGUGCCAAAGUACCACGGCAGAUGAACUGAAGAGCUUUUUUGCCUGCUGCGGCACUGUUACUGAUGUGGAAGUCAAGGUUCACCCAGACGGUUCUUCCAAAGGCUAUGGCUUCGUCUGCUUUUCGACUCCAGAAGAAGCAGACAAAGCUGUGUCCGAAAUGAACGGGAAGACUUUAGAGGAGAACAAACUCGUCGUGAAAAUCGCUGAGCGACGGUACACAGAGGGGAAAGGCGAAGCAGGCAAAGGCAAGAGCAAGGGCAAGGGCAAGCAGAAGGCACAGCUUGGCUACAUGGACCCCUAUGCCAUGUACGGUCAAGUGAUGGAUCCAAUGGUCGCAGCCAUGGGUUACCCGUACUACGAUGCUUCCAGCAUGAUGAAUCCCUACGGCUACGAUCUUGGGGCGAUCUACAAUGCCAUGUAUGGCACACAAGGCAUGCCAUGCAUGCCGCAGAUGUACAGCGGAUUUCCGAUGGGAGCCAUGCCUGGCAUGCCGAUGCCCAGAGCGGGCAAGGAGCCGGCUGCCGUCGACCCAAAUGCCAUCUUGGCACUGCAGCAAGCACAGGCCUUCGCUCUUCAGUCGCAGGCCAUGGAAGCUGCCAGGGACCAUAAGGCAGGUGGUGCGAACAAAGAUGACAAGGGCAAAGGGAAAGGUGCACAAAGCAAGGGUAAAGGUAAAGCUGGGAAGGCGAAGGCGUCUCAGGAAAAUACCGGCCCUAUGCCGGAAGCUCCUCCGCCGGACCAG